GUAUUGGCGAGCUGCCUAGUCAGAAAGGUUCCGCCGAUUGGGAUACUUGGCUUUUACAUAUUUUGGCGUCAAUUGCUGUGUUGGGUUUUCGCACAUUCGUUUGUUUUUUUUGUUUUUGGAUGGGGAGCUUGGAUUGAUUGGCAAGACAAGUAUUGUUAUUUUCCAGCCUGAUUGUCGAGCACUCGUGAAAUCGAGCUUGGGGGAAGAAAAGGAUACCAGCGUGCUUGAUCGUGUGUGCGCUUUGGGUUUUUUCCCGCUUAUCAUCAAUCGUGCUGAGAGAGGGUCCUGCCCUAUUGUUGUGUAUUGGGCAGCUGGUUCCUAUUUGGUGGGUUCCAAUUCUCCCCCUUGUUGCAAAAGAUGAAUUCUCAGCGUGCCGGGUCCCAAGACCCCUUUGCCCAUCCCGGCGGCCGCCGCAACGUCUUCGGGAGCAUGCCCGUCUCAUCCUUUAUCCACGACCUGGACCCACCUGACUAUACCGACGCUGAACCAGAAACCGAAACCAUCUACGAAGAGUCCCCAGCAUCGUCUGCCCUCCGUAGAGACCUCGGUGCCCCUCGUCGACCCAUCCCGCAGAGUCCAUCAUUCGACCGUGUUGCAGAGAGGUUUGGGAUGAAACGAGGUGACUCAGAUGGGGGAUUGGCUGAACCAGAACAUGCGAGGAGUUCGAGUAUGGAUGCGCUGAGUGCUCGAGAACAGGCUUUGAAGCAGAAAAAGGGGGGAAUGACGAUUCGGCAGACGAUUGUUAAAAAGGGAGGCAAGUAUACCUUUACCACCCAUCUCGCACAUCUGUUCACUCUCUCAUCCACCCUUUUGAACUCGGUAGACUCGUUAGCGUCCCUCUUCCGCCUAGCAAAAGGCCCACUCUCGGCGGGUACCGAAAAUGGAACGACCCUCUCGACGCCUACACUCCACCAGCCUCCCUCAAUUCCUUCCGACGACCGCCGCGCAACCGAGGCAAAUCUCUCUAGCUCCACGAUGCGACGAGGCGGGUGGGGUGCCAUUAUGCGGAAAGCAACACGUGCGGUUACGCCAGAAACGACGCAGGUGUUUCCGGGGCUUAAUAUGAGGAAUAUGGCAACGUUGAAAAAGAAGGGUUCCACGACGUCUAUAUCUGGUCUAGCUAAUAUGGGACGAAACUCGAUCUCCCGAAACCCGUCAUCAUCCGAAUUCGGCGAAACAAGCACUUCAACAAGAAAAAGUGAUCAUUCAGAUGAUCUCGAUGAUGACCUAGAUUCAACCGGCGAAAGUAGCAUGGACGACCUCUCCCUCUGGGUCUCAACCACAUCCCUCACCUCCCUCUACACGCCCAAAACCCUCCAACUCUCUGUCGAACACCGUGCAAAAACCCUUGCUGUCCGCGUUCUCUAUCACGGAACAGUCGCAGACGCCAUCCAAAGCAUUUUGAUCGAUUUUGCGCAAGCCGAAAUGCACCAGCCUAAAGACUGUAAAGAAGAGGCCGUUGAUAGGACUGGGUACAGGCUUUGCAAGCUGGAUCGAAAUGUACCUGGUGUGAGGGUUUGGAUGGACCCACAGGCUAUUUUGGGGAGUUAUGAUUUUAUGCAGGGGGACGAAGUGCGCCUUAAACACAUUAACGACAUUGAAACUAGCACCAUCACCAUUCCCCCCUCCACCACACCCCACCAUUUCGCAUAUUCUUUCACCGUCCUCGUCAAAGACGCUGUCGCGCAACUCCGGGAAGAGCAUUUGACAAAAGAAGAAAAGUAUGGAUUAUACUACCCGAGAUUGGGGAUUUGGUUGGAUGAUGGGCGAACAUUGUUUUCCUAUGAUUUGCAGCAAGAGAAAAAUCUGGAGCUGCGAGCGCUUGCGCAUCAGUUCUUGUUGCGGAUCUAUUUACCAGAGUUUGACCAAAAGAUUGCACUCAAAGUCCUGCCCAGUCUACGUGUCUCUGACGUGAUUGCCAUGAUCCAUUACCAGCUCAGUAACCGAAAAUUGACCCUCGGACACCGCGGAGGGAAAUACGGGCUCUUUAUCCCUUCCCAAAAUACAUGGAUGAAAGAAUCUGUAACAUUGGGUGAAUACGCAACAAUUCAAACCGAAGAUGUUCAAUACAAACUCCAAUACGAACUCGUAUCCGUUCUCCUGGACCUCCCACACAUCGAGUCCGCCCCCAUCAGAAUCCUCGUGGACCAAACUACAACUGUCGAGACGCUUUUGGAGACAGUUGGACUUGUUAACCCCGAUGCGGAAGCCGAUGUUUAUUGCCUGUUUUCACCAGCUGGGGAUCGGUUGAGUGAUCGGGAUAUUGUUUGGACCGCUGUCAAAGAUUUUGCGCAUGAGGACUCGUUACGUUAUCGCGCCAUUCCAAAGCGCAUCAUCCUGUCGAAUACUGCCGACGCAGACGUGAAACUGGACCUUGAUAUUGACUUUACGCUCCCCUUGUCUCGGUCGAUACCGUUCUUGUGUCGAAGGUUUGGAAGGCAGGUAGAUGAGGUGGAUGGAAUUGAAACGGAUGCAGGUGUCGCCUUGGACGUGACUCAAUCCCUUCAAGACCAGCACGUUAAACCCGGUACACAACUGUAUCUCCAAGUCACAAAUCGUCAUAUCCCACAAACCCAGGGCUCACCAUCCAUGUGGGACGAACCCGACACUGACGAAAAUAUUCAAAUGAUGAAAGACCCGUCUGGAGUGAUGAUGGUUGGAUCGGGAACGUUGAACAAGUUGGUGGAGAGAUUGACGGAUGAGCGGGGAGAAGGAACGUCACAGUAUUUGGAUUACGUCAAAACCUUUCUCCUCACAUAUCAAUCCUUCACAACGGGUGCAAUUCUCCUCCGCAAACUUAUCGAACGCUACCACGCCCCUCGCUCCCGAAAAGCAACGUUUGCCUCCUACGACCAUUUUCGACUCACGAUCCAACUUCGAGUUUGCAACGUUAUUCUCCAAUGGGUUAAACGCCAUCCGGCCGAUUUCGUCGUUGGAAAAGACUUUUGGGCGGAUGCCAUGCGGUUUGUGGAGGAUGUCCUUGCGUAUGAUCAUCCGAGUAUGGGGCGGCAGAUUCGGAGGAAUUUGGUCAAGAUUAAGGAUAACACGCACCCAGCAUUGGUAAAACAUCUUGUUCUAAAAUCCCCACUCCGAGCCACCGACGGCGAUCCCCGACGUUUCAACGUCUUCCGACAUCCCCCCGACGAAAUCGCCCGACAAUUGACACUCAUUGAACAUGCCUACUUCGCUGACAUCCUGCCAUCCGAGCUACUCAAUCAAGCAUGGUCAAAACCCGAUGCGCCAACCAAGGCACCCAAUGUCGUCGCAUUGACGAGGAGAUUCAAUGCAGUGGCGUGUUGGACCGCAAAGUCCAUCCUGGAAAUGAAAACCCCACGAGCAAGAGCAAAACGCAUUACAGGCCUCGUUGAAAUCGCCAGUCAACUCUUGACACUCAACAAUUUCUCAACCCUCAUGGCCAUCAUUGCUGGACUCAACAAAGCGGCCGUGAUACGCCUAAAGCAGUCAUUCAAGGAAAUCGGAUCAAAGACACUAAAAAAAUUGACAGAGUUGGAGAAGUUGAUGACGGCUGAAGGGUCUUACAAGGGUUAUCGGGCGCACAUGAGGACGGUUGGUAUGCCCUGUAUUCCAUACAUGUAA